GCUGAGGCGGCCGGCGGGGCAGGGGCGAGGGCCGGGGUGCCGCCGCCGCCUCCGCCCAGGGCAGCCUGAGCCGGGGCCGUCCCGCCUGCCCCGGCCGGCGGCCGUCCCCGGCACGGAGCGAGAAAGAAGCGGAGGAGGAGGAGGAGGCGGCGGGGAAAAUGAAGCUCCUGAAGCCGACCUGGGUCAACCACAACGCCAAGCCGAUAUUUUCAGUUGACAUUCAUCCAGAUGGGACCAAGUUUGCAACUGGAGGUCAAGGACAGGAUUCCGGAAAAGUGGUAAUAUGGAAUAUGGCUCCUGUCGUCAGGGAGGAGGACGAAAAGAACGAGAAUGUGCCCAAAAUGCUUUGUCAGAUGGACAAUCAUUUAGCCUGCGUGAAUUGUGUGCGGUGGUCCAACAAUGGCAUAUACCUGGCCUCUGGGGGAGAUGACAAACUGAUCAUGGUCUGGAAGAGAGCGGCCUACAUCGGUCCCAGCACCGUCUUCGGUUCCGGUAGUAAGCUUGCUAAUGUAGAACAGUGGAGGUGUGUCUCCAUCCUGAGAAGCCACACAGGCGAUGUCAUGGAUGUGGCGUGGUCCCCACACGACGCUUGGCUAGCCUCCUGCAGCGUGGACAACACGGUUGUGAUCUGGAAUGCUCUUAAAUUUCCUGAAAUCCUUGCUACACUGAAAGGCCACUCUGGCCUGGUUAAGGGGCUCACCUGGGACCCCGUUGGGAAAUACAUUGCCUCUCAAGCUGAUGACCGAAGCUUGAAGGUCUGGCGAACGAUGGAUUGGCAGCUAGAAACCAGCAUUACGAAACCUUUUGAUGAAUGUGGAGGCACAACCCACGUGUUGCGCAUCAGCUGGUCUCCCGAUGGGCACUAUCUGGUCUCGGCUCACGCCAUGAAUAACUCUGGGCCCACCGCCCAGAUCAUUGAAAGGGACGGAUGGAAAACCAACAUGGAUUUUGUCGGGCACCGCAAAGCAGUGACCGUAGUGAAAUUCAAUCCAAAAAUCUUUAAAAAGAAGCAAAAGAAUGGCAGCUCUACCAAACCAAGUUGUCCUUACUGCUGUUGUGCAGUUGGCAGCAAAGACCGAUCUCUUUCUGUCUGGCUGACGUGUCUGAAAAGGCCUUUGGUUGUCAUACAUGAGCUAUUCGACAAGUCCAUCAUGGAUAUUUCAUGGACUCUGAACGGCCUUGGCAUUUUAGUGUGUUCCAUGGACGGGUCCGUGGCCUUUCUGGAUUUUUCCCAAGACGAGCUUGGCGACCCCUUGAGUGAGGAAGAGAAGAGCAACAUCCACCAGUCUACCUAUGGCAAAAGUUUAGCGAUAAUGACGGAGGCCCAUCUCUCGACCGCCAUUAUUGAGAAUCCGGAGAUGCUCAAGUACCAGCAAAGGCAGCAGCAAAUGGAGAAGAAGAACGAGGCCCUCCGAGACGGGAUUGGUCCGGGAGUAGCAGUCACAGCUCCUAAGUUGGCCAGCAUGGUGAAUGGAGAAAGCUUAGAGGACAUUAGAAAGAACCUAUUAAAAAAACAAGUUGAGACGCGGACAGCCGAUGGUCGGCGAAGGAUCACACCGCUCUGCAUAGCUCAGCUGGACACAGGGGAUUUUUCGACCGCCCUCUUUAACAGCAUCCCACUCUCUGGGUCCUUAGCCGGGUCCAUGAUGUCCGCUUCCCAGACAAAUCAGCUCAUAGCGUUAGAUUACAACACGGCCAACUCCCUGGGCACCGCUAAGCCUGCCUUAGAGCCCAUGGCAGCGGCCGCUAAAUCGGCGGAAGACGUAGCCAACAAGGAUGGUGUGAACGCUACCUCGGCUUCAGCUGCUCUCCCAGCCUCUUCGUCCUCGGUGCUGUCCGCUUCUUCUAAGAUUGAGCCCAUGAAGGCUUUUGAUUCUCGGUUUACAGAGCGAUCCAAAGCCACCUCAGGGACUUCCCCCGUCUCGCACGCCAAUCAGGUUACCUUGGACAGACUGAAGGAGCAGAACUCCGUUCGGGAAAGCAAACCCAGGGAUCUCCUAGAAAGUAGCAGCGAUAGCGAAGAAAAACUCGCCAUCAAACCCUUGUCGCUGUCCAAGCGAAAGUUGGACCUUGAAGUUGAAAAGAAGAAGAAAGGCAGACCUCGGAAAGACUCCCGGCUGAUGCCUGUCACUUUAACCGUUCAGUCUCCAGCUAUAUUAGCCUCCGAGAAGGAUGGGGCUUGCCACAGUACACCCUUAGCACUUAAACUGCCGACCCCGGUGCUACAGAAGUCGUUUGCUUUACAGGUGAGCUCCGAUCCCUCGAUGUAUAUCGAAGUGGAAAACGAGAUCACAGCCGUGGGAGGGUCCAAGCUCAGCAGACUGAAAUGCAACCGAGACGGGAAAGAGUGGGAGACGUUGCUCACCAGCCGAAUUCUCUCCGCGGCGGGAAGCUGCGAGGUGGUGAGCGUGGCUUGUGAAAAGCGGACCCUCUCUGUGUUUUCGGCGUGUGGCCGUCGCCUCCUCCCUCCCAUCGUCCUGCAUUCCCCCAUCUCCACGUUGCACUGUACAGGGUUUUACAUCAUGGCUCUCACCACAGCGGCCACCCUAUCAGUCUGGAACGUGAGGAAGCAGACAGUGGUGGUGAAAGACGAGUCCCUACAAACCAUUUUAGCAGGAAGUGAAACCACCGUCUCUCAAAUCUUGCUGACUCAGCAUGGCAUCCCCCUGAUGAAUAUGUCGGACGGAAAAGCAUAUUGCUUUAAUCCUUCUCUAUCUUCCUGGAACCUUGUCUCUGACAAGCAGGAAAUGUUGGCACAGUGCGCAGACUUCAGGAGCAGUCUACCAUCCCAGGAGGCCAUGCUGUGUUCAGGACCUUUAGCCAUCAUCCAAGGACGAAUGUCUAACUCUGGGCGACAGGCAGCCAAAUUGUUCUCCAUGCCUCAUUUGGUGCAGCAAGAAACCACCACAGCGUACCUGGAGAAUCAGGUGGCGUCUGCCCUGGCUUUACAGUCAAGCCACGAAUAUCGUCACUGGCUGCUUAUCUAUGCACGGUACCUGGUUAAGGAAGGCUUUGAAUAUCGCUUGAGGGAAUUAUGCAAGGAUUUGUUAGGUCCUGUCCAUUCUUCCUCUGGAAGUCAGUGGGAAUCGACCGUCGUGGGCUUACGGAAACGGGAUCUGCUCAAGGAACUGUUGCCCGUCAUCGGGCAGAACCUUCGUUUCCAGCGACUUUUCACAGAAUAUCAGGAGCAGCUGGACCUUUUGAAAGACAAGUAGCCCCCUCCGAGACGUUUCUCCAGCCAAUAGGAGAGCAGGGAAGAAACAGAGGGUCCCGUUGGCAGAAGCUAACCCUGCUGAAAAACGCGGGGCAGGAGCCAGGUCUGGGGGUCUUUUUAACAAGCCUAAAAUGUUGUCGUUUUUAAAAGAAGGUCGCAAGAGGAACAGCGUGACAAGCUGGGGAAGUGACAGGAUGCGUUCCUUGGUUUCUCUCCUGGAAGUUGAGCAUCGCAGCUUACCGCUGUCGGGGCGUGAGAAUGGUCUUCAAAGGGGACGGUUGGACUCCAGAUCCGAUGUCCCAGAUAUCAGAAAGACACAUUUUGUGAGCCUUUUGAAUAUCCUUUGAGAAGCACAUUACAAGAAGCUAAACUGAAUGUCAUACAGGCCCUCCUUUCAGAGGAUUUUACUGAGGAUUUAAUCUAUUGGGGCGAUGGAAGGAGGAGCCACCCAAAGCAGAAAAUCCUAAAAACUCCUCCAGAAUUAUGCAGCCCACAAACUCUUCAAUUUGCGGACAACCAUUAGAAGCGAGAGGCUGUUUGAUCACACAAGGGACUAUUUUUAUACUAAAAUUUGCUAACUUGUAAUAGGAGAAUUUUAUCUGGCCAAUAAUCCCACCCCUUCCCCCCAAGUCCUCUUGUUAUAUCAAACGUAACUUCAUUCAUUAUGACGGCUACGUUGCUGAACAAUUGUACCAAAAUAAAUGUCUCUCUCUCUUUUUUUUUUUUAACUAUUUGUAAAAGGUAUUGGCAAAACGGGAAGGGGUAGGUAAAAAUGGGAUGGGAUUUGGGGAGGGAAGAUUAUUUUUUUGUGUAAGUACAAUUAAUAAAUGAACGUUGCGUUGAUUUCAGAACAAACAACAAAUGUCUCUGUGCUGCUUGUGGUGGCAUUAAAUGUACAAGGCCCCCCACCCCCCCUAAAAACAAAUCUUGAAUUCGGCCUUUGUUGUCGGCCGAUGAGUCGUUUUUAUUUAUUUUGGCGGUGGGUCCUUGUGUAUCACUGGUCCAAAGCAGUUUGCAAAGCAAGGGAGAUAAUCUCAAAUUACGCCAAUGAAUGACCCAUGACAGAAUGAAGCAACAUUCAUGUAAACAGCCUUCCUGAUGUUACAUGUCUGAUGUUCUCCAGAGUGUUACAUGUACUGUAUAAACUUGCUGGUUUUAAGUCUUUUUUUUUCUUCCUCAUUUGCAACUGCAUAUUCUGUCCUGUAAUAAAGAUGUGUUUUUUAUUAUCAUU